UGCGAAAAUCGUACGACAACAGUUUGAAAAUUGUGCAGUCGAACAGACAUGAAUAGGGAUACGCAGCAAUAUGCUAACUACGAGGAUCUGAGGCAGUCGGAGGUGCCGGCAGGUUCCAACUCCAUACCCUACAUGAUCAAUAUCCCCAAUGCUGAGCAACAGCCGCGGCCAACCCAGCAGGGAUUCAAAACUUCUGAGAAUGAGCCAGCCGGCUGCUUUGAGUUGGUGGCCAUAAUCCUUUCUGUGGUGGCGUUCAUCCUCACGUUUCCCGUUGCCAUUUUCAUUUGCUUUAAAGUGGUCGCAGAAUAUGAGCGUGCCAUAAUCUUUAGAAUGGGACGGCUGCGCAGUGGCGGAGCUCGAGGUCCCGGAGUCUUCUUCGUGCUACCCUGCAUCGAUGAGUACUGCAAGGUAGACCUGCGCACGGUCACAUUCAAUGUGCCGCAACAGGAGAUGUUGACCAAGGAUUCGGUGACAGUGACUGUGGAUGCAGUCGUCUACUAUCGCAUCAAUGAGCCACUCAGCGCCGUUAUUCAGGUAGCAGAUUAUAGCACAUCGACUCGCCUGCUCGCAGCCACCACUUUGCGCAACAUUGUGGGCACACGCAACCUGUCCGAGCUGCUGACUGAACGUGAAACGCUGGCCCACAACAUGCAGGGAACUUUGGAUGUGGCCACUGAGCCAUGGGGCGUGAUGGUGGAGCGUGUGGAGAUCAAAGAUGUCUCGUUGCCCCAUUCCAUGCAAAGAGCCAUGGCUGCCGAAGCAGAAGCAGCGCGAGACGCACGUGCCAAGGUUAUAGCCGCUGAGGGUGAGAAGAAAUCCGCAGCUGCAUUGAAGGAAGCCUCCGAUGUCAUAUCCUCCAGUCCAUCGGCACUGCAGUUACGUUAUCUGCAAACGCUGAGCAGUAUUUCCGCCGAGAAAAACUCAACGAUUAUCUUUCCCUUGCCCAUGGAGCUAUUGACUCCAUAUCUCGCGAAAUAUGCAGAUAUGAUGCCGCCACAAAAGCAAUAAUCAAUGAGUUUACACUUAUCGUACAUGUUGUAUAUACCACAAUUUGUUUUUACAAUAAAUAAACAUUUGUCUCCAGCA